AAUAUUUUUUAAAUUAAUUUAUUUUAAGGCACCCGAAUAUUUCGGAGAAGCAGCAAUGAGACAAUACGAUUCAAAUCCAGCCUAUUCAUACUACAAUAAUGGGUAUUACGGUCCUUCAAGGUAUUUUCGCAAUUACUAUAGAACUCUUCCCUACCGCAAUUAUGAAGGCAAUUACGGACCGAUGGGAGGAGGCGGAGUUUUUCCAUAUAGCCGAUACUAUAAUAGAGCAAGUAUUCCAUUUAUUAGCAAUAAUAAUUUUGGUUCAUCACCUUUUGGAGGAUUUUAUAAUGGAAGGGGAAAUGAUUGGAUAUAA